UUGCCUCUCUCUCUUCUCUUUUAACCUUCUCAUCAUCUCUUUGCAUGGAUUUCUCUUCUAAAUAUAGUCAAGCUUAGAAUCUAAAGAGAGAGAAACUCUCAUAAGCUUGCUUACUUGCUCACCUUUCAAGCCUUUCUUCAUUUCAUUUGCUUUCUUCGUAGCUAUUAUUAGCAACAGAGGUUACAGAUCACACACCCAAUUCUUCAAAGUAUCUCUCUCUCUCUCUCUCACACGCACACACUCUCUCUCUCUCUCUGUUCUUGUUUUAUAUCUCUUGCCUUGUAUACACUUCAACAACCCAAAAGGGAGGUUAGUAGAGAGAGAGAGGUGGUAGAAUGUUUACUGGGUCCUCUUCUUUUCCACUUUUUAUGCCUCAGAUCUUGUUCUUGCUUCAUAAUUCUUCCAUUUCUGAGGUGGGUUCAGUGAUCAGUUGCAGUUUGAGCAAGGUUUUGUAUGAUCUAGAGGAGAUUGGCUUGGUGUUCUGAUCUGGGUAGUGUUUGUUUUUGUGUUUUCGUUCUGAAUUGGAUCUUGUUUUCAGUGUAUGAGAUUAAGAAUUGCAGCAUCAAUUCUCAAGUUCUUGUAUUGAUUUUGAAGUUUCAUUAGCUUUUGGUUCUCUUUUUACCUCUUGAAGUUAAUUCAACUGUAGAGUGUUUGUAAAUGGAAGCUAAUUUAGCAGCCAGACAUGUUUGCAAGCUCUGCAACAAGAGCUUUGCUUGUGGCAGAUCCUUGGGAGGUCAUAUGAGGUCUCAUUUGACCAAUAACUUAGCUGAUAAUAAUGAUGAGAAACAUAGCAGAACAAGUCUUCAACUUGCAAAUUACAGUGCAGGAAGCCUAUCAUACAUGGAGGAGGACACAGAUUUGGAAGGUGGAAAUCUUGGUUAUGGUCUCAGAAAGAACCCGAAAAAGACUCAGAAACUUAAGUUCUUAGGUGAAGAACCGUCACUCCUAGACAAGUUUUGCAGACAGUGUGGUAAAGGGUUUCAAUCAUGGAAGAGUCUUUUUGGCCACAUGAAAUGCCACUCUGAAAGAGCACUCGUUUCCAGUAGCCAAGAGCUGGAAGAACCAGAUUCUUAUAUCACUGAUGCCAAACAGAAGGUGGUCAUGGACAUCCAAUCUGAUAAUGAAACAGAAGCUCCCAACAAGAGAAAGAGAUCAACAAGGAGAAGAACAGCCCAAAUGGGCACUGCUGCUAAUUCAACUUCUCUCUCUUUUGCCACAAAUUCUUCCUCUGUUUCAGAAAUUGAGCAAGAACAAGAAGUUGCCAUUUCCUUGAUGUUACUUUCCAUGGAUGUGGGAAAUUGGGUUGGUUUCAAUUCCCCAGCUGAGUCCUCAGAUAACAAUUCAAAGUUUCUUGAAGCCCCAUCUGUUGUUGAGAGCAAAACCUCCUCUGUGAAGCAGUCAGAGCACAGUUCUUCUGGGUUUAUCAACAAAGGAAAAAUGAUGAAGAAGACUCAACCCGAUCAAAGAGCUGGAUCUAAAACUUUCCCCAAGAAAAAUGACCAAAACCAAGCUAGAUUCAGCUCUGAUACGUUCUUGAAAUCUCGAAAGAAGACACUAGCAGAGUUUUGGGAUUCAAAAAUCUGCAAGAAACCCAAAAAGAGAAGCAAAUUUGAGUGUAAUAUUUGCUACAAGAUCUUUCACUCAUAUCAAGCACUUGGUGGGCAUAGAGCAAGCCACAAGAAAAUAAAGGGCUGUUUCGUCGAGUCCCCCAUGGAAGAGGAGGAGGAAGAAGAAGAAGAAGAAGAAAUGGGCAGUGAGAGCAGCCUAGAAGUGGCCAUUUCUGCAGACCCAACAGCCGAAAGCAAGCUUUGGAAAGGCCUCAACAAUGGCGGUCGAAGCGAAGAAGAAGACGAAAUGGGUUCCCAGAUUCCAAAAAAGAUCAACAAACACAAGUGCCCAAUUUGCAAUAAAUUGUUUGCAUCAGGUCAAGCACUUGGUGGGCAUAAAAGAUCGCAUUUGAUCAAUGGAUCAGAGUCGUCCAAAAACAGAGAACCCAUUGAAAUUCCAAAGCAAGUCCCAGGAAUUAGGGGGUUUUUGGACCUGAAUCUUCCUCCUGAACCUGCUGAAAGAGAACCCAAGGACCACAACCUCGCAUCAUUAAACCCAUGGUGGGUUGCACCCAAUGAACACAAACAUGAAGCUCUUCUGAAUGUGGGAUUUCAUAUCUAACUCCCUGUUUCUUUUCCCUUUCAACUUNAAAAAAAAAAAAAAAAAAAAAAAAAAAACACAAGAAGAUUCAAGAGAUUGUAUAGUCAAAUACUUUCUGGGUAUCAUUUCAUUUCAUUGAUUCUUUACAUUGCAGCUUUGAUUUUGAGACUUUGAUCUUGUUCUUAUGGUGUAAUGAAAUUUAAAAUUCAGAAA